AAUGAUCUCUUUCCGCAUUUGGCCGAAACAUUUCCCCUCCCUCUCCAAGUUCCCAGUCACCUUCUUCGCUCGUCGCCCUCACCCGUCACUGCUCUCCCACCGGAAAUGGCUUUCUUUCAUUUCAGGAAAACAUCAGUACCUAAUCUACCUUGCAGUCCUCCUCACGUGGCGAUGGAAGCUACUUAUUCUCCCCUUGUCAUGCCUUUGAAUCAUCACACGCCUUACACAUCAAGCUUAUGUGCCAUGUGUUCCUCGCUUAGUUCCUCAAGAAGACUUCAGAACUCUGGAGCCACAAAUGUCGGUUUCGAUGUUCAACAAACGUUGCAAUUCGAUCAGUAUUUCCUCUCAAAACUUGGCCUCUAUACAGCUGAGGAGCAGCUUCCUUAUGAGCGUGGUGGUUAUACCGACUUUCAUGAAGAUCAUGGCAACCUCAAUGCCACGGAAGGAGAAACAAAGAUUGAACAUGGGAAUAAGGGAAAGGUUCCAUGGAACAAAGGGCGAAAACAUUCCGCUGAGACUCGGGAACUGAUCAAGCGAAGAACAAUAGAAGCCUUGCGAGACCCCCAGGUGAAGGCAUGUAAGAAAUUAUUUGGCUUCAAAAUCAUGCACAGUGUUGAAAUCAAGGCUAAGAUAAGCUCUUCACUUAAAAGACUCUGGAACAAGCGUUUAACGUCGAAAAGGUUGGGAAUUAAAUUUUUCCUUUCAUGGGAGGUAAGCAUAGCAAAAGCAGCCAAGGAUGGAGGCCUGGACGAACAAAGGUUGAGUUGGAAUAGCUAUAAUGAAAUAGAACAAGAAAUAACUCGCCAACAGCUUCAAUUCGCCACAGAGAAGGCGUUUGCAAAGGAGCUGACAAUGAUAAAAUCAGCGACUGUGGCAAAAGAAAAGGCAGAAAAGAUUGCUCAAAGGAAAAAGGAGAGGGAAGAGAAGGAAAAGGCCAGGGCCGAAGAGAGGCGUAGAAGUGCCAAGAAUAGAGAGAAGUCACCUGUUACCCAGGAGUUCAUACUGAAGCAGAAAUUGGUGAAGAUUCGAAGAAGGAAACCAACAGGUAGGAAAGUGAACAAUGGAGGUCAACAGAUCUCAUGUACUCCAAUAUGGGGGAAGCUAGAUUUCGAGCUUACAGAACGAGAAGAACUGAAAAGAGAUUCACUUGCUGACCAGAUCCAAGCUGCCAGAAACAAAAGAAAUGAAAUCCGAUGCUAAUCAACAUGUAUUAGAGUUUCUGACUCAAUUGACAACAGCCUGUUUUAGGAUGAUGCUUGUCAAUUGCCAUCGAAAUGUGACUUUAAUAAUAGUCCAUAUGUAACAUUGUCAUAGAGGUGUAAUGAAAACUGUGUAUUUGUUCGUUUCCUUGAGUCCAACUAGUAGAG